ACUUUCUCAAUGAUUUUACCUUCUUCUCUUGUCUGAACAGAAAUGGAAACAUUAGAAACUGGAAAGGAAGCUUUAGUGGGUCAAGGAGAUGAAAACGAAAGAGUAGAUAAAGAUGAUCUGUUAGGCCUACCUCCAGGCUUUAGGUUCCACCCUACUGAUGAAGAGAUCAUCCUGCACUACCUCUUAGAGAAGGUCGCCAACAAUGCUUUCGUUGCUAUAGCCAUCGGAGAAGUCGAUCUUAAUAAGGUUGAACCUUGGGAUUUACCUAAGAAAGCUAAAAUGGGGGAGAAAGAGUGGUGGUUUUUCUGUCAGAGAGACCGGAAGUAUCCGACGGGGAUGAGGACUAACCGGGCAACAGAAUCCGGUUACUGGAAGGCUACCGGAAAAGACAAGGAGAUCUUCAAGGGAAAAAGUAACAUUCUUAUUGGGAUGAAGAAGACUCUUGUUUUCUACAGAGGUAGAGCUCCCAAAGGUGAGAAAUCUAACUGGGUUAUGCAUGAGUAUAGACUUGACGGCCAAUUCUCUUACAGCAAAACAAUCAGGCAGGAUGCAGAAUGGGUGGUGAGUAGAGUGUUCCACAAGAGCGCGGGAGUGGUGAGAGGAAUCCCAAUGGAGAAUAAUGAUAAUCAUCAGAUGGAUUCAUUUGUGGACAAUCUGAUUCAUAGUCCUUCAGCAACAACAACAACGUUGCCAUCUUUGAGGGAUUUGUCUCCUGCUUCCAACCAAAACUACUUUCUUGAAAAUGAUGAUGACAAUCAAGACUUCAAACCAGUAAUGGCGGCAUCCUCACAUGGAAAAUCUCCGUAUUUCCCCAUCACCUACCCACACUCACAGAUUCUGCCUGCCGCCGCCGCCGCCGCCUCCGUUUUCAACAACGGGCUCUUCUACUCGCCUUUCUUGCCGAACAGUCCCGCAUUGAAAAUGGAACAGACUUCGUACAACAACGUCAGCGGGUCGCAGGAGACUGGGCUGAGCAUGGAGGUGAUGAUGCCCGCCAACACAGAGACAACCUCGGCCCUGUCCAAGUUGAAGCAGAUAAUCGCAACCGAUGAUCAGACCAGCCCUAGGCCGUUCGAUGACCUGGACGCCGACCCAAGUUAUCACGACGGCGACAUGGACGACCCUCUCGAUCCUUACUCAUUUUGGGAUGACUACGGCCCUGCAGAUCCAUGAAGAAUAUAAUACAAUUACCGGGCAAUACACACAAACAACAAAACAACAAAAAAUAAAACUCAGUGCUGUUAUUUAAUUAAUUCAGACAUGUUUCAAAAAAAAAAAAAUUUAAAUUAAUUCAGACAUUGUACGUGUAUAGGUUUCCUUUUUAUUAUCGUCUGCAUGAGAUUGACAUUAGGUGGUAGUUAUUCUCAAUUGUUCGUUUAAUUUUUCAUAGAUGGAAUGAUUAUAUUUAUUUUCGACCUACUCACUACAUAUAUAAUUAUGCUUGUGUUA